AUGGACAGCGGCUUCCUGCAACCUGGAGAGACUCUUGAAGAUGACUACGAUACACUAGCGCCUCUCUUGCCAGAAGAGCUCAUCGGCAUCAUGGACCAGUUACUUUGUCACGAGAUGGCAUGGCAUACUGGAUACCCUUUGUCACAGACACUAUUCACAUCGGUGUACAUUGACAAGCUCCUCUGGCCAGAGACACGAAUCUUGGAGAAGGUCCAAUUCUAUCGCGGCGACAUCCCUGACGAGCAAAGGCCUGGACCAUUGUUGCAAGUGCUCAGAGCAUAUUGCUUAGCACUCAUCAAAGGUUGCGAUUAUGUGAUCGCGAAGAUCGCUGGGAGGGACUAUUUUGAGGAGGAGGACUUUUGCACGCAUACCUACAAUCGUGUUCUACUCGUUAUACCACCGAGACCAAUUGUCGAACUCGAGUUCAAAGAUGCACUGGAAAAGCUGCAGCAGAUUACUACGGACUGUGAAGAGGCAACACGCUUCACCACGCUUCCACAAGAUCCGCUCGAGUACCAAUCCUUCCUAUGGUACUUCGCAUCUCGCUCGCCACAACCAUUGGCAUAUGCUCGCUCCUACCUCGCGACCCUUCUAUUCCAUCCUGACGUCCUUCAAUCUCCCAUAUCCCUCCCCCUUGCCGACAUCAGAACACUCGUUUUCCCAUCCUCGCCUGUCCUCGAUCCCUCAAAUUGGGCCUACUCCCCACCACGCAACCCGAUGCUUCCCAAACCGCCACGUCUUCAACUCGCCAUGCUCAUUGACGAAUUCGUUGACCGUUCCGGCUCGCCGUAUAUGGAUCUUUGGGUCGCACUGGGCCAGAAUCGAUGCCGCCUGCGCCGAAUGCUCACACAUGUCAUCGCUGCGUGGGACAUGCUACAAGGCGAUGCCGCCGCUGUAGACGAAGACAUCAAUGCUGCCGCCACGGAGUUACAGAUCGCUGAUCACGUACUCACGUUCUCGCUCAGUACAUGGACCUACCACAAGAAGCUCUGGAUGAUUGAGAAGAUCAUCCUCCUAGGCUUCGAACAAGACAUCUACCUCCCCGAUGAGUUCGCCGAACUCCUGAAGAAAGUCGAAGCGCACUAUGUCGCUCGCGCCUCUGAACUUUUCCAAUCCCGCCGCCUGCGGGAUGCACAGGACGUCGACGACGCGACGCCAUACAUCGACAGCCUCCUCGCUGAAGUCGAAGGCAUCGCAUCACUUAGUCUCGCACUCGCGCGCUUCAACAUCGUUCUGCUGUAUCUCGGCCUCCUACCCAUGCCCAAACGGCCCUUCGGUACAGAAGAACUGCGCUACGAGCUACGCAUGAAGCCCUUCCUCAGCUUGCAACCCCCUGAAGUCCCGCCCUUUGCGGACUUCAAGGAACACACGCAGCCGUAUGGCGCGUACUCUUCACCCGUCGACGCAUUCAAAGCAGAUCUACUUGACGCAAAGUCCGAGCUAUGGACGGAAAUCGACAGCAGCCUGAAAGGCGCGAAGGAGGCGUUUGCAGAGUAUAAGAAACUAGGUGCACGGGCGGCGAAGACAGAGGGCGUGGAGAAGGCGUGGGCAAAGGAUGUGCAGAGCGUGUUGGCAAGUUGUAUUGCGCUGGGCGUGGCGGUGGCUGGUGUCAAGGAUGCAGUUAUGAAAGCUGGAGAAGGAGGGGGGGUGGGUGUGAAGAUUGAGGUUCCGGAGAGUGGGGCGGGGAAGAGGUAUGCGGAGGGGUGGGUUGUUGUCAAGGUUGCGAAGGAGUAG